AUGAGGUUCCCCAAGAAAGGCCUCCUCGUGGCCCUCCUCUCCGCGAGCAGCGUCCGAGCCGUCAACAAUGGCCUGGCGCGAACGCCUCAGAUGGGAUGGAACAACUGGAACACCUUCGCCUGCUCCGUCUCCUCAUCCCUCCUCACCAGCACCGCCAAGCUGCUGACGGAAUACGGCCUCCGGGACCUCGGCUACAAGUACGUCGUCCUCGACGACUGCUGGUCGGCCGGCCGCGACGCAGACGGCAGGCUCGUGGCGGACGAGACCAAGUUUCCCGAGGGCAUGGCCGCGGUGGCGGAUGCGUUGCAUGAGAUGGGGUUCCUGUUUGGCAUGUAUUCGAGCGCCGGGGAGAUGACUUGUGCGCGAUACGAGGGCUCCCUCGACCACGAAGAGUCGGACGCGGCGAGCUUCGCCUCCUGGGGCGUCGACUACCUCAAGUACGACAACUGCUACCACAUGGGCCGCUUCGGCACGCCCCUCAUCUCCUUUGACCGCUUCAACGCCAUGGCCAAGGCGCUCAAGAAGACGGGGCGGGCCAUCCUGUACAGCCUGUGCAGCUGGGGCGAGGAUUACGUCCACACGUGGGGAGGCUCCAUCGCCAACUCGUGGCGCGUCUCGGGCGACAUCUACGACUCCUUCGCCCGCCCCGACGACCUCUGCUCGUGCACCGACGCCGCGGACCCGGCCUGCAUCGCGCCCGGCACGCACUGCUCCGUCCUGGCCAUCAUCAACAAGGUCGCGCCCUACAUUGACCGCGGGCUGCCGGGCGGCUGGAACGACCUCGACAUGCUCGAGGUCGGCCACGGAGGCAUGACUGACGAGGAGUACAAAGCCCACUUCUCCAUGUGGGCGGCCCUCAAGUCCCCCCUCCUCCUGGGCAACGACCUCCGCGCCAUGACGCCCUCGUCCCUCUCCAUCGUCAACAACCCGGCCAUCAUCGCCCUGAGCCAGGACCCGCGCGGCCGCGCCGUCCAGCGCAUCGCCCGCAACGCCUCCGCCGCGGUGCCCAAGGACCGCCACGGCGUCGGCGAGACGCACGUCUGGAGCGGGCCCCUCGCCAACGGCGACCAGGUCGUCGUCUUUUUCAACGCCGCCGACGCGGACCUCGACAUGGCCGCCCCGCUCGAGGACGUCUUCAUCAUGGACGGCGUGGGCGGCACGGCGGCGCAGGUGAGGCAGGACUGGGCGGUGCAUGACCUCUGGGGCGGGAGGAUGAAGGAGGAGGACGCGAGAGCGCUGCUUGAUGCGGAGGGGGAGGAGGCGAGGAGGCGCGUUUUGAAGGGGUUGGGGUGGUACAAUGCCACGGAGGUGCCGUAUGCCGAGGGCUUGAGGAGGAGGGACCCGAGGCUGUUUGGGGAGAGGGUCGGGGUGGUCGAGGCGGGAGGGGAGAUUCGUGUGCGGGUGCCGAGGCAUGCGGCCAAGGUGUUUCGGCUGCAGAGCGUGAGCGGGGAGGAUACCGUGAGGAAGAGCCUCGUCAGGGAUGAGCUAUAG